CGCCGCUACCGUUUCCCUCGCCCACUUAAAACAGUUGAACCUCAACUGGAUCGUGCCAAAACCCCACCAUCUCCAAAUUCUGCGUUGAUAAAAUUAAAUUUCAAACCGUCGAUCCGCCGCCGCGAUUGUUUCUUUCCCGCGCCUUGGAUCGGAUAAAUCGCGUUUUUACCACUGCCGAGAUUUUACCCCGCCCAAAGAGACCAACUUCACUCCCGUAUCAAUUGCGCCGCUGCGGAAGCGAAGUCAUUAGCUUCAGCUGAAUUACUUGUAAUAAAUCCCGCCCCCCUUUCAGUGAGGGCGCGCGAUGUGGUGCGAUAACUGUGCCAAAAAUGUGCGGACUGAUAACACUGAAGGAAAAGCAUGCUGUUCGCUUUGCGGGAAGGUUCUUGCUGAGGAUAACUUUACGGAGGAGGUUCAAUUUACAAAAUCAUCUAAUGGACAGGCACGCCUGCAAGGUAGCUUUGUGGAGUCCGUCCGAGGUCAUUCUGAAAGUCAUGAGCGAACAUUGACUGAAGCUUAUUAUGGAAUAAAAAAUAUAAUGUAUGCCCUCGAAAUUGACGGUGGUGAUUACAUAGCUAAUGUAGCAUCAAAAUUUUAUGAGGCGGCAUUAGGAAAGAACUUCACAAGGGGGCGCAGGAAAGAACAAGUGCAAGCUGCUUGUCUUUAUAUUACCUGUAGGGUGAAGAAAAAGCCAUAUCUUCUUAUCGAUUUCUCGGAACAUCUAAGGGUAAACGUCUAUGUGCUAGGGGCGGUCUUUUUGCAGCUUUGCAAAGCUCUUAACCUUGGAGAAAGUGAUCUUCUUCAAAAUCUUGUGGAUCCCAGCCUUUUCAUUCACCGAUUUGCUGACCGUCUGUUUAAAACCAGAGACCGAAAUGUUUCCAAAACUGCGCUUCAGAUUGUUGCUAGCAUGAAGCGUGAUUGGAUGCAGAGUGGGAGGAAACCAAGUGGGCUAUGUGGAGCUGCGCUUUAUAUAUCUGCUCUAGCACAUGGUCUCAAUUGUUCGAAGUCUGAGAUUAUUAAGACAGUCCACAUCUGUGAAGCAACAUUGACAAAGCGGUUGAUUGAAUUUGAGAAUACCGAGUCAGGAGGUCUAACGAUUGAAGAGUUUGAGAAGAAGUCUGAGGAACUUGCCGCUAUGGAAGAAAAAUUUGGAGUAGACGAGUCACAAAUGAAGUCUAGGAGUGGCGAGCUUCUCUGUAGACAUAAGGGUGAACCUCAGUUUGCUUAUGGUCUUUGUAAGGACUGCUACAAAGCGUUCAUGGCACUUUCUGGUGGCCUUAAUGGUGGAUCAGAGCCUCCAGCUUUCCAGCGUGCUGAGAGGAAAAGAAUAAUGGCUGAGGAAGCUGCUGCUGAUAGAUCUGAGGACCUAGAUUCAUCUACGUUGGCUGGCCCGACUGAGACCAACAGCAAACUUUUAAAUUCUGAUGAACAGAGGAGCCUCAAUAAUACAAUUCAAGAUGAAGUUAAACAACCAGCACACCCUGAUUCAACAGGGGCUACCUUGAAGUCGAACACCAUUCAUGAUACUAUUGAUGGCAGAACGGAUGCUAGCGAUUUUACUGGGGAAGAGUCAGAGAGUUUAUCAGACAUUGAUGACAUUGAGGUUGAUGUAUAUAUUAAUACUGAGGAGGAGAAGAAUUUGAAAACGACGGUCUGGGAGGAGAUGAACAGAGAAUAUCUCGAGGAGCAGGAAGCAAAACAAGCUGCUGCAAAGAAAGCUUAUGAACCCAAUUUUGCUAAUUGUUCGGGUGAUGUUGAAGGUGCAAGACAGCUCGCUGAGGCAGCUGCGGCAGCAGUUGCGCAGAAUAGAAAGGAAAAACGACAGAAGCGAGCUGCUGAGUUGAAAAAUCUCGAGCCAACUGCAACUACUAAAGAAGUAGUUGAACAUAUGAUAAGUACAAAGUCAUGGAGUGAUAAAAUUCGGAAAGAUUUACUGGAAGAUCUUAUUGAUUUGAGCCCCAAGAAGAGAAGCCGGAAGGCGGAGACGGAGACAGAGCACGACGACGAUUAUUUGGAAGAAGAUCUUGAACCAGAAGAUGCCUACGUUAAUGCAGAAGACUAUAACUAUGACCAAGAUAUUAACGAUAUGGAUGAUCAUUUCUAGUAUUUUUUCCAUCUUGUAUAUUUAUGCAUCAUGCUAUCAUCAGAUGUUGAUAACAUUAUGAAUAUGCAUUUAUUCAGUCUAGAGUUUCCAAAAUAAAAUAAAAAUUGGUUUAUUUUGAAA